AUGUCGUUGGAGAGCCCCCUCACUGUUCAGUACAAGGAAGCGGAGGGUAGCCAAAUUACUACCGACAUUUACCUCCCGCCGAAGUCGGAAUCUCCACAACGAUAUCCAGUUGUAAUCAACAUCCAUGGCGGCGCCUUCAUGCUCGGCCACUCGCGCAUGGUGGCCCUCUCACAGGUCCAGGACUGUCUUGAGCGCGGCUGGAUCGUGGUCGUUCCCAAUCAUCGACUGUGUCCGGGAGUCGAUCUUUUGAAUGGGCCGAUGCAAGAUAUUCGAGAUCUAUUGGCGUGGAUUUACGACGGGCACUUGGACGCCGUUUUGAAGAGUCAAGAAAUGUAUCAUGUAGAUCUGGAGAAUGUCGCUGCUUUCGGGACAUCUUCCGGUGGAACUCUUGCAUUAGGACUGGGAUUCAAUGUCCCCAAACCCGUCAAAGCAAUCCUCUCUCUGUACGGCGCAGUCCACUUCACCCAUCCAUUCUGGACCACCCCCCUCCCCCAAAUUGCAACCAAACUCCCUGAAAAUCUAUCUCAAUCCUUUAUCGACCAAGUCUACGACCAAAAGCCCAUUCCCACAGAUAGCUCCGUCUCCCUCGAAGGCCAAACCGAGUCCGGUACAUCCAAGGGUCCCGAUUUCUCUAAACCGCGCGACGCCUUCGCUUUCACGCAGAUUGCCUCCGGGACGGUCUUAUCUGCGAUCUACCCCCAGUCGAAGACGGUCGAUCCGACAUUUAAAAGGGUUGAUCCGGUUCAAAAUGUCUCGACGGGUGGGUUUCCACCAACGUAUAUUGUGCAUGGGCAGGCGGAUACAAUGGUACCGAUUGAGUUGAGUCGGGAAUUGUUCAGGAGACUGAGUGGUGCGGGUGUGCAGUGUGGGAUGACGGAGGUUCCGAAUGAGGAGCAUACGUUCGCAGCGAUGAUGGAGGUUGGUUCGGAAACGUGGUGGUUGCAACGGGAGGGAUUUGAUUUUCUCGAGAGGAUUAUUGGAAAAGGGUUCAAGGAGGGUUUGUGA